GAAUGAAGAUUAGCCGAAGUAAAACAGAAUAUAUGUGCGUGAAUGAGAAAAGUGGAGGGGGAAGAGAGAGGCUACAGGGAGAAGAGAUAGCGAGGGUGGACGACUUCAAAUACUUGGGGUCAACAAUACAGAGCAAUGGAGAGUGUGGUCAGGAAGCGAAGAAACGGGUCCAAGCAGGUUGGAACAGCUGGCGAAAGGUGUCUGGUGUGUUAUGUGACAGAAGAGUGUCUGCUAGGAUGAAGGGCAAAGUUUACAAAACAGUGGUGAAGCCAGCCAUGAUGUACGGAUUAGAGACGGUGGCACUGAAGAAACAACAGGAAGCUGAACUGGAGGUGGCAGAAAUGAAGAUGUUGAGGUUCUCGCUCGGAGUGACCAGGUUGGAUAGGAUUAGAAAUGAGCUCAUUAGAGGGACAGCCAAAGCUGGAUGUUUUGGAGACAAGAUUCGAGAGAGCAGACUUCGAUGGUUUGGACAUGUUCAGAGGCGAGAGAGUGAGUAUAUUGGUAGAAGGAUGCUGAGGAUGGAGCUCCCAGGCAAAAGAGCGAGAGGGAGACCAAAGAGAAGGUUUAUGGAUGUGGUGAGGGAAGACAUGAGGGCAGUUGGGGUUAGAGAGGAAGAUGCAGGAGAUAGGCUAAGAUGGCAAAAGAUGACACGCUGUGGCGACCCCUAACGGGACAAGCCGAAAGGAAAAGAAGAAGAAGAAGUUAGUCAAUUUGAACCAGUCAACAACUCCUAUGGAGUUCUGUGUGGCUUUGUUCUAUAACUCUUUCAAGUGGAGAAUUGUUGUUACCUUUAUUUUCUACAGUGGCAUGUUAAGUUUACAACUGAGGCUAUACCUCUUUCACACAAUUUUCUCUUGCACACGCAGUAUUAGGGGUGUUUAUGGAAUUUAUUGCAAAGCUAUUUACACACGGAAUUUAAGUGCACGACAGGGUUCUGCCUCCCUUGGGGUGUUAGGCAAUUUUAGGGGCAAAGCUAUUUACACACGGAAUUUAAGUGCGCAACAGGGCUCCACCACCCUUGAGGUGUUUAGGGAAUUUUAGGAGCAAAAGUUAUUUACACACGGAAUUUAAGUACGCGACAGGGCUCCGCCACCCUCAGGGUGUUUAGGGAAUUUUUAGGAGCUCUUUUUUAGGAGCAAAAGCUCCGCCACCCUCAGUUUUUUUCCACCCUUAAACUGCUUGACAUUGACUAGUGUCGACAAGGCUUGAUCGUGUCUCCUUACACGCUUCAAUGACUCCCCAUCAUUUACUCUUUGAACCGGUUUCACUCUUUUUAAACCAAAAUUGGACUCACCCUGUUGUCUUCCGUCCUGUCAACCAUUGGAUACCUGCCGACGGGCUGUACACCAGUCCCGGAAAGGGUCUUUAGACUCAGAAGGAGUCUGCCGACUGUUGAUGUAAGGAGUCUGCCAACUGUUAAUAUAAAAACAAUGGGAAGAACAGCUGGUGAUGUCUGUUAUUGAAGAAAUUGUGUGGUUUAUGAUGAAACUUCAACUUUAUCCUGUUUUGUAACACACAUACGUUGAAUAUCCAUUCCUUUUCUGAGCCGCUUAUUCCUGCUGCCAUCGGCCAGGAGGCAGGGUACACCCAGAACUGGUUGCCAGCCAAUCGCAGGGGACAUAGAGACACACAAGUCGCACUCACAAUCGCACUUAAAGGCAAUUUAGUGUCCAAUGAAUGCAUGUUUUCGGGAUGUGGGAGGAAACCGGAGUUCCCGGUCAAAACCCACACAGGCACGAGGAGAACAUGCAAACUCCACACAGGGUGGGCUAGGAUUGAACCCUUGUCCUCAGUACUGUGAGCCCAAAACUCUACGCGGAAUAUCACAAAUUUAAUAUCCGCUUUGGUGUCAAUUUUGUUUAAACACCAAAUUAGGAAGACUAGCACCACCCAGUGGGAUACUAGUGCACAUCAACAUCAGCUCACAGGCCCCAAAAAACACAGAACAGAUGGUCCUCGCGUUACGACGCUAUCGACAAAAUGAGUGGGUCUUAUCUUUUGCGUCACUUUUCAUCAAAAAAAAAAAUCUGAAUUUCUUGUCAGGUGCUUUUUGGAUACAUAAAAGUUACUUUGGGAAAGUUAUUUAUCAUCCAACCAUAUAGCAAUAGAAAUUGAAUUGAAUCUAUGGAUACGGACUUUUGAUAAAAUAAUGAGGUUAAUGAAAUUGAAUUUUGAGCAGAUGCUCUUUUUUAUGCAAAUAAUCAAGCGCGUCCGCAUUGCGUCUGCUAUCUCUACCAAUCACACGUCACGUAAUAACGAGAAAGGGGCCUAAAAAAUUCCAGAAAUCAGAAAGCUCAAUAGAAACCACAUCCCCAUAAUUUGUAGCAUUGGAUUUAUUUACAGCAUAACUCCCCCUGCUGCAAAAAAAUUCAGUCCGUUACAAUACGGUUUCGUGUGACAAUUUUCACUUUCACUUUCGGUCUUGACUCUUAAUGAGAGCUUUAAGUGUGAAAAACGUAGAACGGAAGUACUGAUUCACUGUCUCUCCCUGUGAAAACUGCUUUGAGUCGCAUUUGUUUCAAGUUAGAGCGGCGUUGACGGUCUUGUGGGGUCUGCGCCAGUCAUGAUGCUGGUCCUGGUUCGUGAUGCAGUGCUGCUGGUCGGACUGGCGUUGUUGUGCAGUUCGGACUUCGCUCCUCCAACUGUCGACAUUAACCUGGGCGAUGAUCCACAACUCCGAUGGAUGCCGAUUUUUAAAGUAUUUGACUCCGACUUCAUCAAGAAAGGUGGUCAAGAAAACAUGGAGAAAAAUCUCCAAAUAAGCCGCAUCUUUGCAUGAAGCCAAAGUGGUUCAAGGUUGGCAACAAGACUCAAGACAAGGCAGAAGACUUUCAAGAUGCUGUCCUACAUCUUUCCAAAAUUCCCAUCAUCACACAAGUGUAUUACAUAGUGGGCGGGACACGGGCUGGUGAAGGGGUAGUCAUCUGCAGAAACCGAGCAGGCCCUGCAAAUAUCUGGCUUUUGGAUCCACUGAAUGGAGGAUGGUUCGGGAAUUGAGACCAACAUUGACCACUGGCUGCCUCCCCCAUACAAGGAUACUCGAAAAGAAGCAGCAGAAAAAGCAAUGAAUGCGACGGGACAAGAGCAUAUCAAUAUGUGCACGCUUUAUCAGGUUUUGUCACGAUUUUCCGUGCGUAAAAGGUCUCUGUUUUGGAAAGAAGAGAUGGAGCUUACACUCGUGGGACUUCAGUAUUCCGGGAAGACCACGUUCGUCAACGUGAUUGCUUCAGGCAACUUCAGUGAAGACAUGAUUCCUACAGUUGGAUUCAACAUGCGGAAGGUCACAAAAGGCAAUGUGACAAUAAAGAUAUGGGAUAUAGGCGGACAGCCUCGCUUCCGAAGCAUGUGGGAACGCUACUGUCGAGGAGUCAAUGCUAUUGUGUACAUGGUAGAUGCAGCAGAUCAGGAUAAAGUCGAAGCAUCCCGAAAUGAACUCCACAACUUGUUGGACAAACCACAACUUCAAGGAAUCCCGGUUCUAGUCCUAGGCAACAAACGAGACCUAGCCAACGCGCUGGAUGAGAAGCAGCUCAUUGAAAAGAUGAACCUGUCUGCCAUUCAGGAUCGUGAGAUCUGCUGCUACUCCGUGUCCUGUAAAGAGAAAGACAACAUAGAUAUUACACUGCAAUGGCUCAUCCAGCACUCAAAGUCACGAAGAAGCUGAGAGUUAAAUGUAGCUGCGGCCUCAACCCCCACGCCCCGAACACUUCUGGAUCCUUCACAGUCAUCCCUUCAACUGCCUCCGUGAAUACUUCGGCUCUCUCUGCCUACUACCGCCGCACACCUGCACCACCAGUCACUACUACCGUAGCUGUGUAGCCUUUGUACAGCACUAUUAGACCAACUCUUCUUUGGAGUGCUCAAAUGUUGUCAUUGAUAGAAGAUGGACUGUUCAUGCCCCUCAUGCCUUACUGCCCGUCCUUGUGGACAUUUCUCCAUACAGGAAUCAAAUGACAUUGUAGUUUUCUGUUUUCAUAGCCCUGCAUAACAUCACAAACGUGUUUGGUGUUGACGGUCCCAUUCUGUUUUUUGUUUUCCAAAUGAGGACUCUUAGCAAUGUCACCUUCACUUAUUUGGCACUAGGCAUGUAAUGACCUAAUUUAUUGCAAGGCUUAAAUUCAAUGUUAUACAAAGAUGACUAGAAGGCAGAAUGAUUGCUGUCUGAAAUGGACCUGCAGGUUUGUCAGAAAAUGGAUGGAUGGAUGCUUUCUAAGUGCCUUUUGGCGGAGUGAGAGCCCCAACAAGACGGUUAUUGGCCAAAGCUGUGUGUAACACACUAUUAUGAAAUCAUUGCAGACCAACUUCCUGGAUUACACCUCAACCAUCUCUUGAGAAUUUUAUGCAUUCCAGCCUCAGUCAGAAGACAUCACAGCACCGUCGUCGUGUGAUUGAAACACAUUGAGGAAAUGUUACAUUUUAGUCAGUUGGAUUUCAGUGCCUAUUGAAUUUGGUCUAGUUUGAAAUGUGAGGGAUACUUUACAGUUAUUUAAAUAUUGUGGAAGUAAUAUGGGCAUUGCCAAGUAAUCCUUUAUACUUGUCCGGAUUGUGUUCAGGUUAAACAACAGAAAGCCAGUGUUUGUCAAGAUCAAUCCGUAACUCACAAAGAACAAAAGAGUUGGAUGAUCAUUUGGAGUCUUGAUAUGUAAAUGCCAUAAAAGAGUGAUUGUCAUUCCCUGCCGUUUUCUUCCUUUUAUCAAAGGGUGGCUGUAAUCAUUUGAAUCUCGUCCAUGCUAAACAGUUAGUUACUGUCACCAUUUCCUGAAUUGCAUUUCUUUAUAUGUACUAAUCAUGAAAAAGUCCAUGUCAUCAUGUUGUCCUCUGUCUAUUGGUGAUAAUUGUGUUGUGACCACAGUAGAAGUGAAGGGCUGUAAAGUUGCGUGACGGAGUAAACUGGGGGAAUGAAAAGCUUUGUCAGCUGUGUAAUAUUAUAGCAAUUUGUAUGUGCAUGUGCUAAUAUUAUUCACAUUCAAUUGCAGACUUUGUAAAUAAGAAUUUGGCAUUUUAAUUCCAACAAAUGCUCUUGUAGAUGUCAUGCAUUCUUUCCAUGUGAUUGCUAAUAAAUUUUUUUUUUUUUUUUA